AUGGCGGGUCGAAUUCGCGUGCUGAACGUGGUGGCAGCGGUGGCCAUCGUGGUGAUUCUGUACUAUGUGGGUCGGCCGCUGUACUGGGAGAUGGAAGCGAGGUUGCAGGAGUACCGCGAGGGCCUCUCGGACGCCACUGCCGCUGGCACGACGGGAACAGCAGCGCAGGGAGGAACCAUUCGGCCCGUCGGCAACGCGCGAGGUGCG